GUCUGAAGCAACACAUUCGAAAGACACGAUAGUGGAAACUUUUCUCAAUCCGGCAGCUGAACUUAUUUUUUAAGGAGAAAUCAUACCGACUGGAAAAGGAAACAAGUACGAUAAGCUUGGAACAAAAAAAGCAGAUACCGCUUACUCUUUGAGGAAGACUAGAAGGGAAGGGAGGUCUACCUCUGGAGCAGGAAAGGACAUAAAAAGACAAAGAAUGGGGUCAUUUGGACUUGAGCUGGCUGGCAUUAGUCUGUCAGUGGUGGGCUGGCUGCUGAGCCUGGUGAGUUGCUUUCUGCCCAUGUGGAGGGUCUCAGCCUUCAUUGGCGCCAACAUCGUCACCGCUCAGGUGUACUGGGAAGGUCUGUGGAUGAGCUGUGUAUUCCAGAGCACGGGCCAGAUGCAGUGCAAGGUCUAUGACUCCAUGCUGGCUCUACCGCAAGACCUCCAGGCAGCUCGGGCCCUCACCGUCAUCACCAUCGUCAUAGGAGUGGUGGCUCUUCUCAUAUCCUUGGUUGGAGCCAAGUGUACCAACUGCAUCGAGGAGGAGGUGGUUAAAGCCAGGGUGAUGGUGUCCUCAGGAGCGGCGUUCAUCACGGCAGCCGUGGCAGAGAUCGUGCCCGUUUCCUGGUCUGCGCACACCAUUAUCAUGGAGUUCUACAAUCCAGUUAUCCCCUCCGGGCAGAAGAUGGAGAUCGGAGCAGCGCUGUACCUGGGAUGGGCUGCCGCAGCACUGCUUUUAAUCGGGGGGGCCAUUCUUUGCUGCAGUUGCCCCCCACAGGAGGAGAAACAGCUGAGGUACAACAUAGCGCCUCAGAGCCGUAUGGCAUACUCUGCCGCUCCCAGGUCAACGACUCAAAGCUCCUACAAUAGAAGAGACUAUGUCUGAGAGAGACGAGCCAAAAAAAAAAAAAUCUGUGGUUUAGAUUGAGUUUUGACAUUCAGUCAUUAUUUAUACAUGUUGAGAUAAUUCAUUUGUUUAACCAUAAACAACAGUUAAACAAUUGUGUUUUGUAGAUUACUAGAAAUAACAAUAGGCAUAUAUGUUUUUAUACAUUUGAAAGGAUUGAAAACUUUCCACAUAAUGCUGUUUACAUAUGUUCACUAAAGAAAGCAAAGAAAGCAUCCUGUUAUAAGAGGUUGCAGAAUUACAUUUUUGUUAAAGAGACACAGUAAAACCCAUCUGUGCCCAUAACCUGAGGUUCUCUUGGAAAUGUGCAUAUCGAUGUUUAGAGGUUAUUGCACUGUCAGAGCAGAUUGUAGCUGGAAUAAAUACCGUAUUUUAUCAUUUUCUGGAUGGAUUUGAAAACUGUAAACAGGGGCUGCGCGCCAGCUCUCAGCUUAAUGGGAAAGAAGGUCAAAAUGACGGAGUUGACUGUAAAAUAGAGUGAGGGAAGUAGUCAGGAUAAGAUCUGUUUGGUUUGCUUGAUAUGUGCUUUAUUCUACGUUUUACUGCUAUUGCUAUUAUAUUUUCUUUUCCUUUGUUGUCACUUUUUUAAUUGUUGAAGCUAAUGUAUCUGACUUUUGUUUAGCAUAUCUCUGAACUUUGUUAUGUGUUUCUUGAUAUUUUUAAAUGUA